AUGAUGCUACUAUUGUUUAUGUUAGGCAUUGGAAGCCAGAUAAUUUUCGCAUCAUGCAAUGACUCUGCUAAGGAUAGCAAAGACUACUCCUGCACCUGUAUUGAUGGCUACCUGGCGAACAGAAAAUCACGCUUAAGCGUAGAAGAUGCCUUCAUAGAGUAUGACAUUGUUGAUGAUUACCUUCCAGUUCCACCAGAAGACUUCCUAGUGGCUAGCUUCAUAACGGCUUAUCCAGAUUUAGGGAAUUUUAUACCCCCACUACGUACUGUCGAUGCGAACGCUAUAAGCUAUCCAAAGGCAAAACCAUCUUCAGAAUAUACACUUAUUCUAAUAGAUAUCGAUGCGCCAUCAAAAGACAACAGAGGCUUUGUAAUCGGAAUGUUUGUGAAUAUUCAGGGCAGAAAUUUAUCAGCAAUAAACGUAAAUAAUCUAAACAUUAAUUCAGUGGUGGUACCUUUUACUCCACCUGUGCCAGCUUUAGACAGUGGUAUACAUCGACCCAUAGCUUUGUUAUAUGAACAGAAUGGUUCUAUAAACCCUAAUCGCUUGGAUUUGUUAAGAUUAUCGAGAGACCGCCUCAUUCCAGAUAUUGAAGAGUUUACGAAGAAAUACAACCUUAAAAAUCCUGUAGCUGGUAACUUCUUCGUAACGGAGCUCAGCUCGUGCAGCUCUUCGGAUGAUGGUCGUAAGGAUGAAUGA